CAGAAACUUUCGUGGCAACUGCAGUUAUUUAUGACCUGUAUUAGCUAAAAGCACCAGGCACAGCGCAGGGUCCUCACAGUAUUGCAGUUGCAGCUUUGCCUCUUCCAUGCCUUUGCCUCAGCAGAAGGCCAGAGCUGGUAUGCUGAACCUCGGCCGAGGAGCAGGACUCCGGUAGGAUGAUGACCUGCCUGUUGCCUCGAGAACUGCAAGCGUACAUCCAGGGAACGAGAAACUCAUCACAACUUUCUCCAGCCAGUCACCUCAAAGGAGCUGUUCCGGAGUAAACACUCCAUUUGACAUCAUGGGCUAAAACUGUCACCUCUCCUCCAUGCCCCACCAAAGUAUUGCUUUCUGGGCAGCCAGGCUGAAAGUAACACUCUGUGAAAACACUUUGGGAACUUUCUUUGCUCUGCCUUUACCCUGAUGCUACUCUUUUUGCCACAUUCUGGAUGCCAGAUCUGUUGUUGGAGUCAGAGCCACCUCAUCGCUUUUGUGCUUCCCUGGCCGAUGGCUGAAAGAACCUGUCCCGUAGGGAAAGUCCACUGGAUUUUCUUUCCUAGCUGCCUGCCAAGCCUUACAGCGGGCAAAGCCUGACCCCACAUUAAUGGUGUCGGGAGGGGAUAUGGGAGCACUGCCGAUCCCCCGUCCGAACGGGGUCCUUGUUCAGCCAGGGACCCCGAGAGGCCCCAGACCGCCCAGCUCCUGUAACGGGCACGGUGCAGGCGCAGGCCUCUCUUUCUUGAGUCGGUGUACCCCCACUCGUGUCGGGGUUGAUGAGGUUCUGUCGUGCCUCUUGUCAGAGCCUGCCAGAGCUCGCUGUGGCGUCUGCCCGCCACGGCGCCCUGGGAACGGGGGUGCUGUGCCCCUUCCCCCUACCAGGGACCCUGCCCUCAGAGCUGCUCUUCUCCUCAAGCUUUUUGGCUGGCUGAGUCAGCGCUCACGUUUCUCUAACGCGACGCAGCACUUCACACUGCGCUUUUAUUGUCCUCCGUUCUGCGGCCUAUUUCUGAGAAUUUUUUUCCCCGGGCGCUUUGUUUAACGCUCUAUUAAACCAAAAGCAGGAGAAUUUCUUCCCCGGACCCAAGGAGAAGGGCAGUUCGGGCUCCUUACCCCGUUCCUCAACUGUCCCCCGGGGGCGGGGACCCCCCCGCCAGGCGCCCGUUCCCCCCUCCCCUCCAGCCCCGCCCGCUGGUACCGCCCGCGGCGGGCGCCUGUUGCGUCACUGCACGACGCUCGCUUGGCGGCGGGAGGUCGCGUCACCCGGAAGCGCUUGGCGGCAGCGGCCGGAAGCGGCGGUGGUUUGUUUCUGGUCGGACCCGCCGGGGCUGCACGCGCCUCCCGCGGCCCCGCCAACGAGCAGCUCAUGGCUUUCAACUUCGGGGCGACGGCGGGCGCCGGUACCGCCAAUCCGACCGGAUUUGGUGGGCUUGAAACUACAAACUCUACUGCCAGUGGGUUUAAUUUUGGGGGUUUCGGAUUAACUGCUAAUCCUGCAGUGAAUUUUAAUAUUGGGAAUUUCGGUGUUUCUACUACCUCAACUCCACCAUUCAAUUUUGGUAACAGUCUGGCAAGUGCAGGUGCAUUUGGAGGAUUUGGGACAACUACCACCACUGCGGGACCAGCAUUUAGUUUUUCUGCUCCCACCAAUACAGGCACCAGCGGACUCUUUGGUGCUACCCAGAAUAAAGGCUUUGGAUUUGGUACUAGUUUUGGCACAGGAACUGGAACUGGCUUGGGUAGUGGGUUGGGAACUGGGCUAGGCUUUGGAUGCUUCGGUACCCAGCAGCAACAGACCACAUUAGGAAGUGGCUUGUUCAGCCAGCCUGCUCAGACACCUGCCCAGUCGAACCAGCUCAUCAACACAGCCAGCGCCCUCUCGGCUCCGACACUCUUAGGAGAUGAGAGAGAUGCUAUUUUGGCAAAAUGGAACCAGCUUCAGGCCUUCUGGGGAACAGGCAAAGGGUACUUCAACAAUAACAUCGCGCCAGUGGAGUUCACGCAGGAAAACCCCUUUUGCAGGUUUAAGGCUGUGGGUUACAGUUUAAUGCCCAACAACAAAGAUGAAGAUGGCCUCGUGGUCUUGGUCUUUAACAGAAAAGAAACAGAUAUUCGAAGCCAGCAGCAGCAGCUUGUAGAAUCCCUACACAAAAUUCUGGGAGGAAACCAGACCCUCACUGUCAACGUAGAAGGUGUUAAAACGAUGCCAGAUGACCAGACAGAAGUGAUCAUUUACGUUGUUGAGCGCUCGCCCAACGGCACUUCGAGGAGAGUUCCCGCAACGACCCUCUAUGCCCACUUUGAACAAGCCAACAUAAAAUCGUCCCUGCAGCAGCUGGGGGUCAGCCUCUCCAUGGCCAGAACAGAGCUUUCCCCGGCACAAGUCAAACAGCUCCUGCAGAACCCUCCUGCCGGUGUUGAUCCUAUUAUAUGGGAACAAGCCAAAGUUGAUAAUCCUGAUCCUGACAAGCUUAUUCCUGUGCCAAUGGUGGGUUUCAAGGAGCUGUUGAGAAGAUUGAAGGUCCAAGAUCAGAUGACCAAACAGCAUCAAACGCGAUUAGAUAUAAUAUCAGAAGAUAUCAGUGAGCUGCAGAAAAAUCAAACGACAACUAUGGCAAAAAUUGCACAGUACAAAAGAAAACUGAUGGCGCUUUCUCACAGAACAUUACAGGUGUUAAUAAAGCAGGAGAUCCAAAGGAAAAGCGGUUAUGCCAUUCAAGCAGACGAAGAGCAGCUUCGUGUACAGUUAGAUACAAUUCAGUGUGAACUUAACGCACCUACGCAGUUCAAGGGCAGACUGAAUGAGCUCAUGUCCCAAAUCAGGAUGCAAAACCACUUUGGAGCAGUGCGGGCUGAGGAGCGCUAUUACAUAGAUGCAGACCUCUUAAGGGAAAUCAAGCAACAUCUGAAGCAGCAGCAAGAAGGCCUGAGUCACCUAAUUAGCAUUAUAAAGGAUGACUUGGAGGACAUCAAACUUGUAGAACAUGGGCUGAAUGAGAGCAUUCCCAUCAGAGGAGGAGUCUUCAGUUGACAUGGUGGAUGCUGCUGGGCUUACACGAAACAUGUUACUCAAGUUCAUGGUUCACCUUCCAAGGCUAAAACUGUUGAGGUAAAAUAAAACACGUAUAUUCUAGGAACAAUGGUAUUUUGGCUGUUACCUUUAGAAUUAGCAAAGCCUCUUCUAAGCUUUUGAACUUGACCUUUGGAAGGUUUAUAUUUUAUAAAGCUGUAUAUGCUUUAAUAAAAGAAGGAAAACUGAAUCUGUUCAGAUACUGUUUUACUAUAAAACUAUAUGUACUAUUGUACAUUUUUUUUUCCUUUUUUUACAACAGCAUUGUCCUAGAAAUGCAGUGAUAAGGGAAUUGUUCCACUUGUGACUUUAUUUGUGGAAAGCUUAGCCCGCUUCCAUGUUUUCGUCAGAACAAUCCAGUAACAUCAUGGUGUAAACAAGCAAUUUAAAUCAUUACAGAUGUGUAUGUUGCUGUAACUAUGUCGGACACUGCAAAACCAGUAGUUUACUGGGGCAAGCUGCAGGAAGUUGAUGUUUCCAGUUUCUGUCCUUCCUUUGGACUGCAAGGAUCUGAAGGUUAUGUUUGUAUAUCACGUUACAUGUGUGAGUGAGUUAUACAAAGCUUUGCUGCCCCUUAAAUAUCAACAGACUGUCUAGACGUUGUCUUCUGCCUUUUUUUAAUUGCCAGAGAGUAAUAAAUUCCGUCUGACUUGGUAAUAA